GCUCCCACCAAGCAGUGCGAACUGGUUCUCCACUACAAAAAGCUACCAAUGGGAUCCUCAAAGCUCCUUGAGGCAGUUCUUCUUCCACUCGCUCUUCUGGCCCUCCAUGCCCCAAUGACCACAGCAGCAAACUCCAACCACUUCCGGGAGUACAUCGGCGCCAUCUUCAACGGAGUUCAGUUCAGCGACGUGCCCAUCAACCCCAACGUUCAGUUCGACUACAUCUUCGCCUUCGUCAUCGACUACACCACCGCCACGCAGCCUCCUUCCCCGACGAACGGCCAGUUCAACAUCUUCUGGCAGAACACAGUCCUCACACCCUCUGCGGUUGCUGCGAUCAAGCAGAGCAACCCGAACGCGAGGGUCGCCGUCAGCCUCGGCGGCGCCACCGUGAACAGCAGCCCGGUGAUCUUCAGCGUCACCUCCGUCGACUCGUGGGUCGAGAACGCCGUCUCUUCCCUGACCGGCAUAAUCCAGGAGUACAACCUGGACGGCAUCGACAUCGACUACGAGCAGUUCCAGGCCGACCCUGCCACCUUCUCCGAGUGCAUCGGCCGCCUGGUGACGACGCUCAAGAACAAUGGGGUGAUCAAGUUCGCGUCAAUUGCGCCGUUCGACGACUCCGAUGUGCAGAGCCAUUACCAGGCACUGUGGAGAAGUCAUGGGAGCGUGAUCGACUACAUCAACUUCCAGUUCUACGCAUACGACUCAAGCACAACUGCAGAUCAGUAUGUCAACCACUUCAACGACCAGAUCGCCAACUACCCCGGAGGCAACAUCCUGGCCAGCUUCAGCACGGAGCCUACGGCAAACUUUGUGCCAGAUACGGCGCUUAGCGCCUGCCAGACUCUGCAGUCACAGGGAAAGCUCUACGGUAUCUUCGUCUGGGUUGCAGAUUAUUCCAAGAGCCAAGGAUUCAAGUACGAAACACAAGCACAGGCACUGCUGGCCAACGCUAACGGCCAGUAGCUGGCUUCACUGUUUUGCAGCUAAGAGUUUUCUUCAAGAGUUCCGGCUGCAGAAGUAUGGAAUAAAAUGCCGUAGCUUGUUGGAGCAAGAAUGGAGAAUAAAAUCUCAAUUGUAAUGCAGCACUUCCUGUGAUCUUCGUUAAGACAGGGCGUGUUCCAUUCUGCAAGAAUUUGCGUCUACUGACACAUCGCUGCUCUGAAUUUUGAUUCAUAGACUAUGCUUCUUUUUAUUAUCUUUCCCUCUGUCAAAAUUCUAGUUGCUACUUGCUAGGCUGUCCAUUUGUUCAGAAUCACUAAUAAUAGAACAUUACUGGGGACUUUUUGGGUCCUUU